UGUUUUUCAUCCAGAACCCAAAACAGUUCUCGGCAAACCCGCGUAAGGUCAACAGUCAGAAGUGGUGUGAAAACAGUUCCGUAGAAAAAUCGCGCGAAGGUGAACCAUGCUGCUGGUGCUUCUUGCUGUUGUGGGAGUCCUGUUGCUGUUCCAGUACAUCAAGCUUCUGCUUUCGAACGGCUAUGCAGACAAAAUUCCCCCGUUGCAACCGGUGUACCCGCUGGUGGGGCAUAUUCCACUUUUCUUGGGUAAAAAUACCCACCAGGCGUUCGACGUUGUCGUGAAACUUCUGGGAUCGGUGGAACGCAUGGGAAAGCUCAUGCUGGGACCCAAACCGCUGAUCACCAUCAGCCAUCCGGACUUGAUGCAGCAAGUGCUUACCCGAAACGAUCUGUACGAUAAGCCGUUUCUGUACGAGUUCUUGAGACUGGGCAACGGGCUGAUUACCGAAAGAUCCGGGGAACGAUGGCUCCAAACAAGAAAACUCCUAGGUCCCACAUUCAACACCAGCAUGCUGACCAGUUUUCUCUCAACCAUGGAUGCCCGCACCAUGAAAAUGGUCUCCAAACUGCAAUCGCUGGCCGACGGACACAGCGAAAUCGAUAUUUACCCGUUCUUGUUGACCUGCACACUGGAGAUCGCCAUCAGCACUACGAUGGGAAGAAUGGACGAUGAAAUGCCCGGACAACAGGACUACAUUCGCAAUUUGGAAAUAAUAAUGAACGCCAUUGGAACUCGCAUAGUUAAUAUUAACCUCUGGCUGUUCUAUCAAUUCUCUAAAGCGUAUGAAGUGGAGGAACGAGCUCGUAAAAUUUGUUAUGACUUUACUAACAAGAUAAUCGAACAAAGGAGACUUGAACUUCAUAGUCUACCCAAAGACGCAGCCGUCGAUGAUGAAUACAUAAAGAAGCGAAUGAACACACUAGACCAAAUCUUGACUGCUCAAAAAAGUGAUGGUACAACGUUUUCCAACACUGAUCUUAUUUACCAGUUGUUCACUAUAAUCUCCGCUGCCAACGACACAUCAGCCCUUACUGUAUCCUACACUUGCCUUUAUCUAGCUAUGAAUCCGCAUAUUCAGGAUACAGUGAAAUCCGAAAUGGAUCAAGUGUUCUAUUCACCCGAUGUGGAAAUUAACUUGGACACUUUGAAACAGCUGGAAUACACGGAAAUGGCCAUCAAGGAAGCUCUUCGUAUUUGUCCCACUGCUCCGUUUGCAGCACGUCAAACGUCCAGCGAAAUCCUUCUGGAUGGUAUUACCGUACCGAAAGGUGAAAUCAUUUUCAUAGAUUUGUACAAUUUGCAUCGUCACAAGGAGUUCUGGGGACCUGAUCCAGAUAGGUACGAUCCGGAGCGCUUCCGACCGGAAGCAGUUCAGCAAAGGCAUCCGUUCGCAUUUUUACCAUUCUCAGGGGGUUCCCGUAACUGUAUCGGGCACCGAUACGCAAUGAAUGCGAUGAAGAUAAUGCUGCUCAGGUUGUUGCAGAAUUUCGAAGUUCGAACAAAUCUCAAGCAGGAGGAUUUUAAGUUUAGGUUUGAAAUCACAGCCAAGCUGGAGGGACCACACAGUGUUUGGUUAGUUAAGAGGAACAAGGGAUUGUAGUUUCACGCUGAUCUAGCCAGGGAUACUAGAUACGGAAGUGAAUUAUUAAAGUUAAAGAAUUCAGAAAAAAUCAUACUUCAAUCAUUAAUGAUAUUUAAACUGACAUUAUAUUUUCAUCCAAUUUCUAGGUAUUUAGAAUUCAUGGAUUGACAAUUUAAGAUCUGGCAAUUUAUAUUGCAAACAAAACAGUUAACAUAAACGAACAACAUUUAUUAUUAUUGAUAAUAUUUUAUUUUUGCUGAAGUGAUUGUUAGUAGUAGAUUAAUGCAACUUGAUAAACUUUCUCGAGAAAAAAAUAUAACAUAGUAUACAUUAAACAUUUACAAGAUUAAAUUCUUAAGAAACAUGAACGACUUUGGCAAGACGCAGGUUUGAAAGCAUUACCUAUCAGCACGCAAAGAUGCUCAGGUAGAUUUUUUUAGGUGAUUGCAAUCAAUCCGACUCGUUUAUUUAUUUAUUUAUUUAUUCUAUAAAACAAAAGACUAUGAUGAAGGUUACAUUUUAAUGCAAUUUGUGCUUUUAACUAUAUCUCUAAAGAUGAAUGAAAUAAUAAACAUUGUAAACACAUUCAA